AUCCAAACAGUGUAGCAUGUGACAUCCUUGGGAAGGAUGUAAAAAGAUCUCCGCCAUAUGCAUUCGAUACUUGGAGAAUAGAAAGUAGAAACUAAGAGAAUCAAGAAUAGUUUUUACAAAGUACAUGGGUUGACACCUUAAAAAUGGAAAGUGAUUGAUGUACGACAACAGUUAUAACACACACCUGAACAUUUGUAAACUCAUCGGAGUCUUGACCUCAGUGAGUAGAGGCUUAGUGGAUUAUGUUGGAACACCCACUAAGAAUACAGAAUAAGGUGUCCCUGGAGACGACCUGUUAAAUUUACAGGAAAGUUUAAUUUCUGAAUCUCGGGGGGUCAGUGAGUGAACGGAUACCAGCUGUAAAAUCUACUGGAAUGCUUAAUUCUGAUUACCGAGAGAUCAGUGAAAGACUGAGCAGCCGUGUUCAUUCUUAAGGAUGCGGAAGAGAGAGGCCGCAUGAGACCUUGAGGGGUGAUUGUGGAAGGCAAGGCUGGAAACGAAUACAUCGGACUUGCACUCGUGGCCACUGCAAAGGGCUACAAGACCGUCAUCGUCGUUCCUAAACAUAAAGUCAGGAGAAGGACAUGCUGCGAAUUGCGUGCGUAAGUCCCAUCAAGAUCCCAGCUGUAUCUUACAAAUAUCCCAACAAUUAAUUCAAGAACUGGAAGGUCAGCCGAAUCUAUCGUCAAGACGCAUUCCGAAGGUGCAGUCCGGGGAAUCAUUUCGACAACACAGAGAAUCGAGAGGAGUAUAAAUAUGGAGCCGACAGGUAAUAAACUGGAUGGCUUUGUUUACGUUAUUGAAACCGGGUUGCGCUCUUUCUGGUGCUGACAGUACAUAAAAAAGAUGAAUCCUGCUGUAAGAAUCGGCAUGGCAGAUCCUCAUAACGAUUAUGUAUAGCUACUACGCCACAUACGUGCUUCAGUCUGCAGGUAAAUUGAUGUCUGAAGGUUUAAGCCAGGGUCGAGUGACUACAAAUCUGGAAGGCUGAGUCGAUUCUUGAUGUCAGUUUUCUGAUAAGGAAGCUCUUCAUUGGAAUUACGAUCUUCUGAAGGAUGAAAGACUCUGUAUGGAAUGCUCUACUGAUGUCAACAUUGGAGGAGCUGUGAAAUUACUCAAAGAGCUAGGACCAGAAGGCUUUUCUGACUUGGCUGUGAACCUGACCCGCAGCGCAAGACGCAGCAGCUUCAACUCGAUGAUCAUCCCUUCACAUUGCCAUAAUCAUAAGGCUCUCCGUAGGGCGAUGGUGCUUUGCUUGAAGACGAUCGACCUGAGACUCGCGAAUAGCGGAGUCUUACGCUUCGACGCUUUAAUCUUGUAAAGAAAUCGGCUCUUAAUUUGUGAGUAAAGUGUAUUAUCAGCAAGCAUGAAUCACAAAACUAUAGUCAUUACUACGACUUCGUCUGUUAUGGUGAAACUACUCUCGUGGCCCAUGACCUUUACGGCGAUGAGCUAGUAAAAAUGAAAUGCAUGAGGGACUCAGAAUGGCAGAAUCGUCUCACGAGGGAACGGUUUUACGGGGCAGAGGUAUUCACAGAGCAACUCUACUGGCUUCACGUGACAAGCAGAUUUUGACAAGUGUCCCAUAAUCAGAGAUGAAGGUGAUGUCCCUACUUUUAGUCGUGCGUGGUUUUGAAAAAGAAAGAAGUAAGCUUGAAAGUGGCGUCAAAUCAGUCGAGUGGGGUUAAGAGGACGCUGAGACGUUCGAUAGAGAAAAGGGGACGAACCAGAGGAGAAUGGGACGCAGAAAACGAGAGAAGACAUCCAUUUGAAUCAGAAUUAGCAAGUGUGUUACUAAUGAUUGUUUUAAUUUUUAUGAUAGAAGAGCAUUGUAGUGUGGGAUUUAUGGAACAUUGUUGACGGUCACUAGAAUAUAUGUCGUCUACGUUUUAUGUUCCACACAUAUCUUGAACCUAAGAUUAAGUUUAGGCAAGGUCUUUCAUAUCACAAGACCUUGUGACGCGAUGAGAGAAUACAUAAUUGUUUUGAG